AGCGCAGCCAUUGUCUCCCCCUCGAGACCCCCCUCCACAGGCUCGGACGCUCGCUGUCGUAUCGCACGUCGGCCCUUCCGAGGGUCUCUCCGAGCGGCCUUGCGAAUACCGGGUUGGGGCGGGGACAGAACUAGCGUAACCGUAACCGGAGUCCGUCGUAUGCAGAAUCGGGGUACGUGUUUGCUUCACCGAGCUCGUCCCGGACACCUGAGGCUGGGGCAGGCCUGUCCUGGGCCGCGAGCCCUUAGACGCCCAGGACCUCAGGCCUCUGCCUGCGCUGGAAGGAGAGCAUGGAAGAGCAGGAGGAGAAGCCCCCAGGGCCCCUGACGGAGGCCUGUAUGCAGGACUCUCUCCUUCCUCAAGAGAUUAUCAUCAAGGUCGAGAGAGAAGAUUCUGGGCCAGUGGCCGUCUCAUCCCAGGAAGGAGUAAACUUCAAAAUUGUGACUGUGGACUUCACUCAGGAAGAGGGCAUUUUGAACCCUGCUCAGAGGACCCUGGACAGAGAUGUGAUCCUUGAGAACCACAGGGACUUGGUCUCUUGGGACUUGGCAACUGCACUUGGAAGAAGAGAAUCAACAAUAAAGCCGAGAAUUAUUGAUGAUGAACCAUCCCAUGGAGUGAAAUUAGAAAGGCUGACAAGAGAUGAUCCUUGGUUAUCUUCAUGUGAAGAAGUUUGUAUUUGUAAGGACCAGUUGGAGAAGCAACAGGAAAAACAAGAAAGACUUUUUAAGAAAGUGGCAUUCAUUCAAAAGAAUGCUGUUACUCAUGAGAGAGUCUGCAAAAGUGAUGAACUUGAGGAAAAGAGUUGUCUGAAUUCCAGUUUUCUUUCACCCCAGAUGAUACCCAUAAGAAACCAUUUCCAUAAACAUGUCUCUCGUGUUAAAAAAUUACAUCAUUCUGUUGUGGGCAGUCAUCAGAUGAUUAGUGACAAUGAGAAACUAUGUGAAAAUAAUGAAUAUGGAAAAAACCAGAGCAUUCACCUUAUUCAAUUUACAAGAACUGAAACAGAAGAUAAAUCCUGUGGGUUUAGCAACAAUAUUCAAUCUUUUAGCCAUGGUACACCGGUAAAUAUACAUGAGAAAAUACAUGCAAGAGGAAAACCCUUUGAUGUUAAGGAAUGUGGGGAAGUUUUAAACCAUAGCAUAUCCCAUAAUGAACAACAGAAAAUUCCUGUUGAAUAUAAUUGUAGUAAAAUCUCUGAGAAUUCAUUUCUUGCUCCAAACAUGAAAAAUUCUGAAGAGAAACCCUUUGAAUGUAACCAAUGCAGGAAAUCCUUCAGCUGGAGCUCUCAUCUUGCUGCACAUCAGAGAACGCAUACAGGGGAGAGACCUUAUGAAUGUAAUGAAUGUGGGAAAUCCUUCAGCCGGAGCUCUCACCUUGUUUCCCAUCAGAGGACUCAUACUGGAGAGAAACCUUAUAGAUGUAAUCAAUGUGGGAAAUCCUUUAGCCAGAGCUAUGUCCUUGUUGUACAUCAGAGAACUCAUACUGGAGAGAAGCCUUAUGAAUGCAGUCAGUGUGGAAAGUCAUUCAGACAGAGCUACAAGCUUAUUGCACAUCAAAGAACUCAUACAGGAGAGAAGCCCUAUGAAUGUAAUCAAUGUGGGAAAUCAUUUAUCCAGAGCUAUAAACUUAUUGCACAUCAAAGAAUUCACACUGGAGAAAAACCCUAUGAAUGCAACCAAUGUGGAAAGUCCUUUAGUCAGAGUUAUAAACUUGUUGCCCAUCAGAGAACUCAUACAGGAGAAAAACCCUUUGAAUGUAAUCAAUGUGGGAAAUCUUUCAGCUGGAGUUCUCAGCUUGUGGCACAUCAAAGGACUCAUACUGGAGAGAAACCCUAUGAAUGUAACGAGUGUGGAAAAUCUUUCAACCGCAGUUCACACCUUGUUAUGCAUCAAAGAACUCAUACAGGAGAAAAACCCUAUGAAUGUAAUCAGUGUGGGAAGUCGUUCAGCCAGAGUUAUGUUCUUGUUGUACAUCAGAGAACUCAUACUGGAGAAAAGCCCUAUGAAUGCAGUCAGUGUGGGAAAUCCUUUAGGCAGAGUUCAUGCCUUACUCAACAUCAGAGAACUCAUACUGGGGAGAAGCCCUAUGAAUGUAAUCAAUGUGGGAAAACAUUCAGCUUGAGUGCUCGACUUAUUGUACAUCAAAGAACACAUACUGGAGAGAAACCCUUUACAUGUAAUCAAUGUGGGAAAGCUUUUAUUAACAGCUCUAAACUUAUUAGGCAUCAGGCAACUCAUACUGAAGAGAAACCCUAUGAAUGUCACUAGUUUGGAAAUUUCUUAGCCAGAGUAUAUUCCUUCAUCCCUCCUCCCUUCCAAGGAAGCAUAUAUAUGGAAAAACAUGGAUAAGAUUAAUGUAUGCAGAAAAGCUUUCCGUUAGCCCUAUUAUUAUGUAUCUGGAAAUUUGUUUUGGAGAAGAAAGGAGGGACCAUGGAUCACACUUUUUUAAAAAAAUGUGUUUUUAUUGAUUUUAGAAAAGCAUCGAUUGGCUGCUUUCUGCACACCCCCUACUGGAGAUUGAGCCCACAACCCAGGCAUGCACCCUGACUAGAAUUGAAGAGGUGACCUUUUGGUUCAUGGGACAGUGCUCAACCAACUGAGCCACUCCGGUUGGUCAGGUUCUCACAUUUUAUUUAAAAAUUCUGCAUACAAAAUCAAACAGUCUUUAUGAAACCAUUUUGGCAGUUUUCCUUGCAGAAAGCACUUAGAGAGAAUUGCCAUUAAAUGGACAAUAUGCUAUGGAGUGAUUGCCAAUGGUAUAGACCUCUUUUCCAAUAAAGAGUAAAUGAGAAUGCUAGCCCUGGUGGUGGUGUGGAGAAGGUUGAAAAAUUACUGUGGUUAUUAGAAAUUGGGUUGGAAAACAGUAGUUCAGUGUAUCAUCUGACAACAUGACUUCUUCACUAACUACUUUAUAUUCUCUUUUAUGCAGCACUUCCUCUCAUACAGAGGAUUUUGUAAAAAUUAGGAAAAUGGCUAUGAUGCAAAGUGAAAAAUGUAGGACAGGAGUUUGGAACAUUUAUUUCUAGAACUAUUGUGAUAAGAUAUUUGUGUGUGGAUCAAAAUUAAAAGGGAUUCUAGGUGUGUCUAUUUAAUUUUUAGGUUUUUGCCUGGUCUUUUUGAAUGCAUACUAUUUUGAUAAAUGAUAUGAUGAGUAAAAAUUGGUCAAAAG